CUCUUCAUUUCUGCGAGAGAUCUCUCAUAUCUCUUUUGUCUCUUCUUUGUCUAUAGAAACGCAUUAUUCAUUUCUUCCUUCAAUAUAUCUGUAGAGUACUGAAUCUAAUUGAUUAAAGCGUUUGAGUCGGAGUUAUAAACUUGAAGUUGUGUUUCAUUAUAUUCUUAGACUUCAAUGGCUGGGAUUUGUUGUGAAGUUGUUGGUGAGAGUGAGCCAGUUGCACCAGUUGAACCAAGCUCACGAACAUCCAGGCGGAGGAGGUUAGAGAUACGGCCUUUUAAGUUGGUGGCUGACGCUGCCGUACAACUCCCCACGCCGUUAGAAAAGGGUCGGAAACGACGAAGGCUCGAACUUUUAACACCUUUACCACAAAAGAAUUCUGAAGCGAACAAACUUGAGCGAAGCUGUUUUGUUAAUUACGAUGAAGUUAAUACAAAUGAAGCGUUGAAUUUAAGCUCCCGUACAAAUCUGGUAGACGAUGAAGGAGAGGAGAGUCCCAAAUUUGGGAUCACAUCAGUUUGUGGAAGAAGACGAGACAUGGAAGACGCAGUUUCGAUUCGCACGUCGUUUUAUACGUAUAAACGCAGCGUUUCAGCUAAAACGCACUUCUUUGGCUUAUUUGAUGGCCACGGUUGCUCACAUGUGGCGAUGAAGUGUAAAGAUCGGUUACAUGAGAUUGUUAAAGAAGAGCUCGAAGCUUGUAAAGAAGAAGAAACGGUGGAGUGGAAGGAGGCUAUGGAGCGAAGCUACGAGAGAAUGGAUAAAGAAGUUCAAGGUUUGACGGAGAAGUCAACGAUUUCGAGCUGUAGAUGUGAGCUCCAGACUCCUCAAUGCGACGCCGUUGGAUCCACAGCUGUUAUCGCCGUUGUCACUCCAGAUGAGAUUGUCGUCUCCAAUUGUGGGGACUCUGGCGCUGUCCUCUGCCGCAACGGCGUUGCAGUCCCCCUCUCCAAGGAUCAUAAGCCGGAUCGACCCGAUGAGUUGCUCCGAAUCCAAGCGGCGGGUGGCCGGGUCAUCUACUGGGAGGGACCACGUGUCCUCGGUGUUCUAGCUAUGUCAAGAGCAAUUGGAGACAGCUAUUUGAAGCCAUACGUUAUUCCGGAACCGGAGGUGACGGUGACGGAGCGGACGGCGGAGGAUGAGUGUUUGAUUCUGGCGAGCGACGGGUUAUGGGACGUGGUGUCGAACGACACAGCCAUUAACGUCGUGCGCACGUGUUUCCGAGCGCACAAAACAUCUAUUUGGCCACUCAGAUCGGCGGAAAGUGACGUGGCCGGAGGGCAGAGUUCCGAUAAAGCCUGCUUGGAUGCGUCAAUUCUUUUGACGAAAUUGGCCCUGGCUAGAAAUAGUAUGGACAACGUGAGCGUUGUCGUUGUUGAUUUGAGAAAAAAUUGACAGCAACAGAAGACGCAGUCUACGGAAAAUCGUACGUAAAACUAGUUUUCCGAUCGGAAUUUAAAAAAUAUAAUUGUAAUUUGCAGGUUUGUUAUUCCAAUGAGGCAGAAUCAUGUUCAGUGUCUCUCGUUAGAAACGGUGAAGGAAUCUGCAACAAGAAUUGCAGAAAUGGGAAUUGUUUACUGUAUUUCGCGAAAGAUAUAUUAAUGAAAUAUUAUUGAAUGCCCUUCAAUGCAAAAUGGGAUUUUCCUUUUA